GGGACAUGCAUAUUUUUAUCGAACCAACAACAUUUCAUCUGAUCACCAGGUGCCAAUUUAGCUUAAGGGUCUUCGUGACGAUAUCAAGUUUUGCGGGGAGUUUGAAGGAUGCUAAAUUUUAGUUACCUCAGUUGACCCCAUCGUGAAAGCGCUUAUCUCCUUUUCUAGGAAAGUGAUGAGAUAUGGCGAAGGAAUCAAGCAAAGCACGGGCCGUUGAUGUCUUGAUCCCAUAGCCACUCCGUACCCAGUUUAACCUCCGCAUUUUGCCCUUUGAAACGAAUCGUCGUUGCACUCUUUCCGCACAUUAAUAUUCCUUGAACUUCCUACGAUCCCGGCUCGUAUAUAAUGAAUUUUUAACGUUUAUACGCUGUAAAAGGGUUGGCUUAAGCAUCUAAUUACCCAGGUACGAUGCCAAUUCGCGUCAAGUCGCGUCCCUUGGCGACCCCGGAUCGUGCUUUGUCACCAGUCUCUAUCCCCACUGAAGUUCCCCUCCCUGAUAUCGCACAUGAAGAUGUCUUCCGCGAUGUCGUUAAGAAGCUUUCCAUAUAUGUAACUGGGGUUGUUUAUUUGCCAAGCACCUUCGAACAACUAAGGACUACAUCGGCUGGUGACGAUCUACACGCCCUUGUUGACCAUCUUAGCACCCGUGUCACCAAUCCCGCAAUCGUAAACGCUUUAUUGGCAUUGAGAUGGCAUUACGGCUCGAUAAGCGAUGGCCGAGGCAUCAGUGAAGCUCGUGCAAAUGCUUGCGAGAUCGUUGCCUGGAGGUUUUUAACUCGUCUAUCGGAACGGGAAGCUGUCGAGUUUUGCCUCUAUGAGAUCCCAGAUGGCAGCCAAAGCGAUGCAGCCCCUGCCGAUGAGCCCGCAGAUGGUGGUGAAAGUAAUGAGCGUAGCUCUCUACUGCAUCGCCCUUCUAGAUCUCCCUCACCAGAUCGCCGCUCAGACAAUCGUUUUGGGUCUGCGAGACGAAGCCAAUUGUUUCAAUCAAUCUCGAAGUUGACUAUAAGUCGACAUACUAGUGAGGUUGAAGAACUAGAGGAUGACCCUACCGAACCUUUUACGCAUCUUAACGGCCUAGAAAUAGCGGCUAUUGCUGAUGCAAAGAGGUUUCUUAGCCAGCACGUGGUACAGAAGAUCAUCACAGGCAUUUGGAACGGCGAGAUUAUCUUCUGGGACCGUCUUUCAGUCCACUCGGAGAAGAAACCCCGGUUUUACAAUCCCAGCACAGCCGACCCCUUUUCACGACUUCGAGUACCCAAGUACCUCAAAGCUUAUGAGGUUGCGUUCUUCGUUGGGUUUUUAAUGUUAUACUACAGCGUGUUGAUCGAGCAGAAUCGUUACGCCAUUACCCCCCUAGAAAUAUUGCUCUACGUCUGGUUUGCCGCCUUCUUCUACGAUGAGGUUAGCGAAUAUAUUGAUGCCGGAUCGAUUUUCUAUGCGGCAGAUGUCUGGAAUUUAUUUGAUAUGAUAAUGAUUGCCAUCGGAAUCGUCUUUGCGGUUUUGAGAUUCGUUGGAUUAUAUAGGGCUGAUUAUACCCUUGUGGAUAUUGGCUUUGACGUCUUAUCGCUGGAGGCCCUCUUUAUGGUACCUAGAGUCUGCUCGAUAUUUAGCUUGUCCCCAUACUGGGGUACUUUAAUACCUUGUCUCAAAGAGAUGGGGAAGGACUUCUUGAAAUUCAUGGUUCUGGUAGUCAUUGUAUAUGUCGGGUUUUUAACAACCUUUUCUCUCGUCGGGAGGGAGGCAUACUCAUUUUCGCACAUGGCCAUGAUCGUGACCAAGAUCUUUUUUGGGUCUAGUUACGUUGGGUUUGAUAUUAUGGAAGAAAUCGACCCCAUCUUCGGACCUCCUCUCAUGUUAAUUUUUGUCACGCUGAGUUCAAUCUUACUUAUGGGCUCCCUAACGGGUAUGCUCAGUAAUAGUUUCUCAAGAGUUAUUACGCACGCUCGCGAAGAGUAUCUCUAUGUCUACAGCGUAUACGUGCUUGAGGCAUCAACCAGCAACAGGCUCACACAUUUCUACCCUCCGUUCAAUCUUAUCGCGCUAGGAAUAUUCAGGCCGUUACGCCUAUUUCUACCCUCAGACGAUAAGUUCCGGCAAGCACGCAUUCUACUUCUCCGGGCAACGCACGCACCAAUCGUCGGAGCUAUUCAGGUCUAUGAGUGGCUCACCAACAAGGUUAACCCCGACGGUUUCGACAACUUCCGCGGCCCACGACAGAAUUCUUUUAAACGACACGCCGCACCACCCCCCAAUGGACCAGGGAGCAGACCGCAAUCGGGAUAUCGACCACGUAUGUCAACACCGCGUGCUACUAGCGCGGAAGUGAUUGAUAAACCGAGGCCUCAGCAACGAGUGCUUGAGGAUUAUGCUGGAGAUGCACCUAGCAAUGUGGAGGUUCGAAUCUCAGAGUUGGCAGCAAAGAUUGAUCGGCUUACUGCUUUGGUUGUUGCGUUACAGUCUGGUGCCGGUAUCGAAACGGUUCGAACUUGACAAGUCUAUAGCACAUGCAUUGCGUGUGAAAAACGUUGCUAAGAACCCUCCGCUGAAGAGUUGAAAUCACCAAGGGGCGAUGGAUAUUGUACAGUCUACCUAACGCAUAGAAUCUGUGUCUUGUACCUAUAUAGCUGUUUGCAUCACUAUCUAGAAUCACUAGCUGGUUUAAUGCGGUUUGCUUUUACACCGUUCGAAAUAGCAUGCAGAGCAUCAUAUAAGGAGCGUAACGGUGUGUAUUAACUUGUUGUUUAUCCCGAGAGUAAUCCAGCUUCUUAGCUCGAAUACACACGUAACUAUGAAUUGUCCUCUCUUCUAGAGAUUAUAACCAAUGAGUAUAUUCGAACCUCUAAUGCUGAUAUUAGUGGGUCUCCGCGCCCUUUAACCGACUUCAUGAUAACACCAUCACCUCCAC